AAACAGAAACAGGAGGUCUAUGCUGCCAUUUUGAUUAUGUCAUUUGGUUUGUCACUAUAUACUCCAUGCUGUUAUAGUAUUACAGCAGUGUAACUGUGGCUUUUAUUUGAACUAACAACUUGUUGCCAGAAUUCUAGACCAUAAUGCUCUGAUUAUGGUUAUAUGGAAAAGUCAUGCUCAGGUUGUAUGUUAGUGUCUGAGAGGCAGCUGGCAUGGCUGGAAGAAGUGGAGGAUGAAGAACAGAAAGGGCAAAGCCAGGGCUAAAGACCCUGAUUUAGGACGUCUUGGGGAUAUACCCUACCUGCGCGGUUGAGCUGGUCCAAAGUUAAAUCUGGUGUAGAAUACACCUUAGCUGACCCGGACAAUUCUGCUGUAAAUGCGACAAUACCGCCCUUUAUAACUGCGACAAUGCUAAAACCCACAGGCACUAGAAUGCAAAUGUUGUCGGGGGGCUUUGACUUAUCCCAACAACCGUUGCUAAAGCGACACAGUGACUGUCUGCCACAGCAGCGUCUCUGUGUGUGCGCGCGGCUGCCUCCCAUUCACUCCUCCCCGAAGGCUGCAGGUUGAAACUGACAGCAUCUUCCAGCUUUAAGACGUUUUUUGCACCAGGUUUGUGAUCAUGGACGCAACGGAUAUCAUGGAUUUAACGCAUCAGAAAACGAGAAAGCGCCCGCGUCCAAUCAGUUCGGUGGAUGAGUCUGUAGUGCACGCGUCCCUAAAACGAAUCUCAAUGCGAACAGGAGAAGAAUCCGGAGACGCUCCGUUCAUAUACUCCAGAGAACCCUUAACGGCUGCACCACUAAAGCAGAAUGAUCAAUCUGUGUCUUCCUCGCCAGCCACUAUUUUGUCAUCGCAGGAUAACCGUUCCAACAUGUCCAGGCCAAUGAUCACCAGAUCGCCAGCGUCCCCACUCAGUAACCAGGGCAUCCCGACGCCCGCCCAGCUCACCAAGUCCAAUGCCCCUGUGCACAUUGAUGUGGGUGGGCACAUGUACACCAGCAGUCUGGCCACUUUAACAAAGUACCCAGAGUCCAGAAUCGGGCGUCUCUUUGAUGGCACAGAGCCCAUCGUUUUAGACAGUCUGAAGCAGCACUACUUCAUAGACAGGGAUGGACACAUGUUCCGCUACAUCCUCAACUUCCUCAGGACCUCCAAGCUCCUCAUCCCAGACGAUUUCAAAGACUACAGUCUGCUCUACGAGGAGGCCCGGUACUUCCAGCUGCAGCCCAUGCUGUCUGAGCUGGAGCGCUGGCGCCAGGACCGCGACCUCGCCUGGGUGUCGCGCCCCUGCGAGUGCCUGGUGGUCCGCGUUGCGCCCGACCUUGGCGAGAGGAUCACGCUGAGCGGAGACAAGGCCCUCAUCGAGGACGUGUUCCCGGAGAUCGGGGACGUCAUGUGCAACUCCGUUAACGCCGGCUGGAAUCACGACUCCACGCACGUCAUACGCUUUCCACUCAAUGGAUACUGUCACCUCAACUCUGUCCAGGUUUUGGAGCGCCUGCAGCAGCGUGGCUUUGAGAUCGCCGGAUCCUGCGGUGGGGGCGUGGACUCGUCCCAGUUCAGUGAGUACGUCCUGAGGAGGGAACUGAGGAGGCCAGGCCAGCGAGGAGGGCCUAACUCAAACAGGAUAAAACAGGAACAGCUGGACUAGACUGCGGACCUCCCAGAAUCCAGGGGGUGCUAGACUUUUUUUUUUCUUUUUUUUUUUUUGGGUGGCAGCCAAGCGCUUGACGGGUGCAGCGGAGCUCUGUAGACUCUGUGUAUUAUCUUUUUGUUUUCUUUCUUUGUUGUUGUAUUUUUUUUUUUUUACUUGAGAAAAACCACAGAGAAGGAGCGACAGGAGAUUUUUUUAUUUUUUUUUGCCAUAAGAAGAGACAGAACAUUUGAUAAGUUAAUGAUAUAUAAAGGACAUUUGUGAUUGUUCAAGCCCCCCCCCCCCCCCACAUCGAGAGAUAAAAAAGGGUUAAUAUUUUCCCAGGGUCCCCAAAUGAAGUUUGUUUUAAAACUUUGAACCUACAUUAGGUUAGAUAUGAUUUCCAUGACUAAAAGGGUUUGAUUGCACAUGUAGUGCAAGGCCUCUCACAAAUGAUUUGUAGUUUUUCAUUUCCCCACUGGCAUAUUAGCCAAGUGUAAUUUUUCUCCCAGUCUCUAAAAUGUUUCAGUGUAAUGUGUUGCUUACAGUAUGCAAGAUCGUAGUUCACAUGAACAUUAUUCUUUUGAACCGCACUGAGUAUGAACACAUUCUUAUCUGCACACUUACUCACACAGUAUGGCAAGUGUCGGGAUACAUACAAAUGAAGUGGUUUUACUUUAAUGGAAGUUACCUUAUUGGAUUUUAUGCUAUGGAAUAAUAGUUCACAUUAGUAUUAAAGAUUUUAUGUCAUAGACCAUUCUAUAAUCACUAAAUGAAAAUGAUUAAUGAAAUGAUUAUAAGAAACAUCAGUGCAUUACCUCAUUAGGGGACUAAGCCUAGAGAACAGGUGAUUCAUUCAGAUGGGUCACAGGAUCCUCCUGGGUUCCGUACUGUAAAUUAGAUUUACCAUUGUAUAUGUGUUUGUGUUUUUUUUACAUUGAAAUGGACACCUUUUUAAACUGAAUAAUGUUGCCUCAUAAAUGACUGAACAUAGACAGAAGGCUAUUAUUAUAAGACCCACAUUAAGAUAUACUCUUAGGACACAUUGAUGAUACGAAGUUCAAAAUGAUUUCUAACAUGAUCUACCUACACUCCCUAGAUUUGAGUAAAGAGGAAUGUAGCACCAAAAUGUGAAAUAAAUCUUAAAACAAUCAGAAAUUG